AUGUUUUUUUAUCUUUAUGACUUCUUUAAGGAGGCUAACGAAAAUCUCAGAUAACAAAUAGUUGAGUUGACUUUAAAUUAGAAUUAAAAGAUAAAGAUAUUGAAUAAUUGA